AUGUUAUCAAAUGUUGAACGCUUCCAUCCAGUCUCUCCUGAUACUAAAUCCAUCGAAAUGUUUGAAAGGUUAUCAAUAACGGUGUCCUCACUAUAUGGAUUCGACUUCAUCAAGUACCCAGGGAUAACGACCCCGGCAAUCCCAGGCCCCACGUUUAAUUCUGUUUACUCAUGUUUAUCCAUGUGCUCACCCGGUCUUACUCCCUUAUUCCUGGUACUCCGAAAUAAGAGUUAA